AUGAACGCUGCAUUCCUCUUACCGAUCAUCUCCGGCCUCGGUGGUAAGGACAAACAGGUCCAAGCACCAUCUCCUAACACACCUAUGCCCGUUUACGUUGCCAAGACCCCAUCUUUGGCUGGUGCGCUGGAGUCGUUGCGGAUCACUUUCAUCAACGCCCAUGAUUCCCUCGCCUAUGCCUAUGCGAAAUGUAAGCCACCCGGCCCCAGCAACAACAAGACCAGCGCCAAGCAUGGCCACCACAGAGAUGCACGCAUGCACAAGCAAAACGUACCACGAUCACACCCCAACAGCAAACACGAUGCCAAGAAGCCCGAUUAUGAAAGUUGCGAUCCCAGCUGCGAAAAUCUGAGCCAGAAGUCUGAGCAGAGCUCUCCGAUCAAUCGUCGUAAUGGCGCCUCCUCUUUUGCUUGGCCGUCUACUCCAAUCCUUUCCCUCUCCUGUGCUCGUGAUGACUGCCGCACUGCAAGUGUCAUGCCAAUCCAUCCCAGCUUGAGCAAUCCAAUAGAGCAGUGCCCCAGGUCCGAGCAAAGCGGUGCAUUACAUGUGGUUUCUCUAUUUCGAACUUGUCGUCGGCGCUUGCCGGGGAAACCUUUGGUCAGUCUGAGUGCUUCGGUUGCGGAGAUGGACUUGGUCCGCGGAGGUUUGAGGUGUGAUGUCGGAACGUGGAGGUAUAUAUUAGAGGAGUUGUUCAUGUUGGUAGUCACUGAUCAGCCGCCCACAUUCCAUGUUAACACUGCUUUGUGGUUGGCGUUACCAUCAUCAUUCUCGAAGAUGAAGGGUAUCUCAAUGAUUGAUGAUAUAGAAUGCAUGGAGAAGCACGUCGCCGGACUUUGCGCUGCAAAUGUGGCUGCUGCAUCCAUCCCAUCUCAUCACUAUCCGUACUACCAUGGUGGUGAGCACAUCCUUCUCCUAGUUCAGCCCCGUCUUGAGUCUACCGACACAACAAACAGGCAGCAGGGUGCCGCAUUCUCGCGAGAGAGAUCGAGGGGCGCGGCGGAGCGCAGUAGGCAAGGCGGAGCGGACGACGGAUGUGAAGGUCGACGGGGGAUAGCACACGAUGCGGCGCAAGGUAAAGGCGACGCAGAAUUCAUAGUGCAUGAAGCGAAAGUGCUAGGAUGGGAUGGAUCGAAGCAGAAGGGUGAAGCGUCAUUAGUAAGCAAAGUCUGCAUUGCACCACGCGCCUCAACUCCUAAAGCUCAACUUCCCCUUAUCCACAUGCACUACACCCGGUUGAAUGCCUUCACGGCGGCGCACAUGCAAGGCUCCGAGGGUGAUGGCGGAUUUCGCGGCGAUGCACACCAGUGUUUAUACAGCAGUCAUCCCAAGCGAACGCCUUCUCUCAUUCUAAGGCCCAUCAACACAAUCGCGGAUCUGAACUCGCCAGCUGACGAUAUUCCGCCAAUGUCUUGUAUCUCCAGACCGGCCGAACCUGCUCAGAACGCGAUCUGCUCAGAACGGAAAGACAUUGUUUCGGGAUCCGUCCGAAGCGCAAUGACUACCGCCAGCUCCUUAGCGUCUUCUGGCAAGCAAGGAGCACUCAACAAGAAGUAUGAGAUGCGGCAGUGCCAGCACAGUUCAGGUGAGUUCGCCCGUGCGAACUCAUUGCUGCAUCCAAGCACCCUUGGCGGAGACAUUGUGAAUGCCUAUUGUGUCGAUAUCCGCUGGACUGUGGGAGAUGGGAAACAUGAUCAGCUUAGGCAGAGAAUCUUGGAGCUUGCCUAUGGCCGAGCUGCACGACACUACAUCGAUUUAAGUGAUACAUCGACGACAUCUCCAACUUGGGCCCAUCUUCGCUGCUACAGCUAUCAAUCCCGAGCCAGUACGAUCCGUAGCCAGGUGCGAACACCGCAUCCACAGAUUGAAAGUAGUGUAGGUUCGGUGGCUAGAGUUGCAGAGCAAGGGGAGAUAGCAGAAGAAGGAGACGAAUUGGCAUACUCUGACCAAACAUGCGCCAUCCAACCCUGUCAAAGAUGGAGACAACCCACGACACCUUUGCCGAAGCAGAUCGGUAUGAUUUUGGACGCUCUUGGAGGUGCCCCAACCGAGAAUGAGACAGCAUACAAGACAUUGUAUGUAUCUGGUGCCGCCGAGCAGACCUUUCCCGAUCUGCGCAAAACUUUUGCCGUAUUGUCUAAAGCAAGUGUAUUUGAUGCUAGUGCUGACAGUGCCAGAUGUCUUGAGACCUUGAGCCGUGCUGUGGCCUUCGUCUCGUGGUAUUGGGUGGUAUGGCGGGUUUGUCAGUCUUCUGUUGGUGCUAUUCUCGGCCAUGCUCCGUGUAUAUCGCUAUGGGCCAUAACAAUCGAGACUGAUGGCGGUCGUCCCAGCGCUUGGUGA